AUGAAUGUGCCGGUCAGCUUCAUUCAGGAAAUUGAGAUACAGGACAAGACAAUCAAUUACAGAUUUGAAGUAUUUUUGAUCUCGCUGGAUUUCGACAGAUUUAACUUCUCUCUGUCUCUGAGUGAUAUGACAAUUCGAGUCGAGGAACUGAGAACCCAGAAUUUGCAAGCUGGCCUGUCUUCCAAUGGCAACGACACAGAGAUGAUGAUGUCCCUGGCUGUGGAUGCUUCUGUGCUUAUGCCUGAUGAUAAUCCCAGGGACAACACCACCAUUGCCUUGGAACUCAAAUGUUCAUUAAUGGUUGAAAGAGAGAGCCAGAAGAGCCUGCCCUAUGUGACCAUGUGGAAAUGCUCAAAUGAAACAAUGAAGGACAUCUCUGAUUCAUCAGGCAGACAAAACGCCAUGGUGGACAGCAUCAUAGACAGAGUAUCUAGCUCCUCGACAGAGAGAGUGGCCCUUGUGAUGAAAAAACAGCUGAGUCCUCCAGGAGCUCUUGGUACCUAG